AUCAGCAUGGAUAUGUUUUUCCGCACCGCAAGGUAAAUAAGAAGCAGAACACACCCCAAACAGAGCAGAAGCAGAAGGAGCUACUUCCAUUACACCUAACAACAUCAUCAUUUUCUUUAUCUUCCUUCACCAAUACCAAUGUGAUUAUGGCUGUUGUACCCACUCGACCAUUUUUCGACUCAUUUCACUCUUCACCGUUCUUCUGCAACUCUCUCUUCCGCCACUCCCUCACACCCUCUCCCAAUUCCACUUUCCUCCGUCCCAAAUCACUCAUCAUCUUUCGCUGCAAUCCCGCCAAAAGAUUUUCCUCCGAAAACAAUUGGUUGAAACGGUGGAGCCACCCUGCCAACCAAUACUCCCGUCCCAAACCGCCACGCGCGGUUCUGGAUUACCAGGGUUCCGGAAAUGGGCACGCGUCAAAAUCAGGUUUUUCGAGCUCUGACGAGGAGGGUGGUGGUAACAGCCGUGAAAGUACUAUGGAUAGGAUUGUGGAAAAAUUGAAGAAAAUUGGAUACGCCAGUGAUGGGAUUGAGAAUAAGGAGAGAGUGAUAGAAAAAGGGUCAGUGGAGGAUAUAUUUUACGUGGAAGAAGGAAUGUUGCCGAAUGCACGAGGUGGGUUUUCUCCAGAGUCUCCAUUAGGGUUUGGAAGAUUUGGAAGGGAUGAUGGGGAAGCGAGGUUUCCGUGGGAGAAGCCAGAGGCUGAAGAGUUAGAAGAGAGGAAAGACAUAAGAAAGAGAAGUAAGACCUCUCUGGCGGAAUUGACCCUUCCCGAGUCAGAAUUGAAGAGACUUCUCAGGUUGACUUUUGAGAAGAAGCACAAGACAAGAAUUGGGGGGAGUGGAGUUACUCAAGCUGUUGUGGACAAGAUUCAUGAGAGGUGGAAGACGGCAGAGAUUGUGAGGCUCAAGUUCGAAGGCGAGGCCGCGCUCAACAUGCGAAGGAUGCAUGAGAUACUGGAGAGAAAAACUGGUGGUCUUGUAAUUUGGAGAUCUGGCAACUCUGUUUCCUUAUACAGGGGUGUGAGCUAUGAAGUUCCUUCAGUACAUCAGAAUAAACAAAUGUACAAGAAAAGUGAGAACUCUUCUAUGCUUUUGCCAACACCUUCUUAUAAUCCUGUGAGGAAUUCUCCCAACAUUGCUUCUAAUUCUGGGACAAGUGAACCAUUGGCAAAUUUGGAAUCUACAAAUGACCAGAAAGAAAGAGACGAUCUUCCCAAAGUCAGUUAUGAACUUGAAGUAGACAAGUUAUUGGAUGGGCUUGGCCCUAGAUACACAGAUUGGUCUGGAUGUGAUCCAUUGCCUGUUGAUGCGGAUAUGCUUCCUGCAACUGUUCCUGGUUACCAACCUCCCUUUAGAGUUCUUCCUUUUGGUGUCAGAUCAACACUUGGCUUAAGGGAGGCAACUGCUCUACGACGGAUUGCAAGGACUCUUCCUCCACAUUUUGCAUUAGGUAGAAACAGACAACUUCAAGGAUUAGCUGUAGCAAUGAUUAAAUUGUGGGAAGUAAGUUCUAUUGCAAAGGUUGCCCUCAAACGAGGUGUACAGCUAACUACCAGUGAGAGAAUGGCAGAAGAGAUCAAGAAAUUGACUGGUGGUAUACUACUGUCCAGAAAUAAAGACUUCUUGGUCUUCUUUCGAGGAAAGAAUUUUCUAUCAGCAGAUGUCACUCAAGCCUUGCUGGAGAGGGAAAGAACUGCAAAAAUAAUGCAAGAUGAGGAGGAGCAAGCGAGAUUGAGAGCAUCAUCACUACUCAUACCUAGUAAUAAUACAUCAGAACUGUUAGCCGAGGCAGGGACACUUGGUGAGACUUUGGAUGCAGAUGCAAAGUGGGGAAAAACAUUAGAUGAGCGGCACAAGCAAAAAAUAAUGAGAGAAGUAGAACAACUACGGCAUGCCAACCUUGUUAAAAAAUUAGAACAGAACCUUUCCUUGGCUGAAAGAAAGUUAAUGAGAGCUGAAAAGGCCUUAUCGAAGGUGGAGUUGUCUUUGAAGCCUUCAGAAUACAAAGCAGAUCCUGAUAGUAUAACUGAUGAAGAGAGAUUUAUGUUUCGCAAAUUAGGAUUGAAGAUGAAAGCCUUCUUACUUCUUGGUAGACGUGAAGUUUUUGAUGGUACUAUUGAGAACAUGCACUUGCACUGGAAGUACCGGGAACUGGUCAAGAUAAUUUUAAAGGCUAAAAGCUUUGAACAAGUAAAGAAAAUUGCACUAGCACUUGAAGCAGAGAGUGGAGGUGUUCUGGUCUCAGUUGACAAAAUUUCAAAAGGAUACUCUAUAAUUGUUUUUCGGGGUAAGAAUUAUCAGCGUCCUUCAACAUUGAGACCCAAAAAUCUUUUGACAAAGAGAAAGGCUUUGGCACGUUCAAUUGAGCUCCAACGACAUGAGGCAAUCUUGAAACAUAUGACAACUAUUCAAGCUAAAGUGCGGAAGCUAAGAUCCGAAAUAGAACAAAUGGAGAAGGUAAAGGACGAAGGAGAUGAAGCCUUGUAUGACAAAUUGGAUUCUGCCUAUGCUACUGAUGAUGAGAACUCUGAGGUGGAGGAUGGUGAGGACGAAGAUGAGGCAUAUCUCGAGACCUAUAAUAGCGAAAAUGACAGUGAAAUUCAAAGUGAAGUUGAAAAUGAUAAUAUGUAUUCUCCAAUCUGAGGAAUUUGCCUCACGAAGUCGAAGCCAAUAAUCAUGCGAUUUGAGGAGACUCCAAUCGCUUGUGUGAAUCAUUAAUUCACUGGACCACAUGCUGAUCGAGAAAGAAUAUUACAGCUUCAGAUCGAACCACCGAGAAGAACAUGCCAGAUUCAAUGAUAUUGUUAUAGGGCACGCAAUUAGAUACGGUCCUGAAUCUAAUAGGAAGCAUUGAAGUUUCCAUGAGAUGUAUGUAUAUACAUUUGUUCGUACGAUAUUCUCUGGAAUUGAAUUAAUUCCACGGGUCUGUUAAUAUCUGCUGAGUUUUAGAAUUUUGUUUCAUGGAGUUUAUAA